AUGCAGUUAGAAACAUACUCCACUUUCCUGGAUAAGAUGUUCUAUGACUUUGUUCCACUGAUGUAAACCCAGCUUCGUUGCCAUUGUUUCCUGUUCCUGUUCGUGUUGCAGCCAUGCCACCCAAAAAGGAUUCAAAAGGGGGUUCUUCAAAGCAACCUCAGAAAACCCAGAAAAAAAAGGAAGGAGGAUCUGGAGGCAAAGCCAAGAAGAAGAAGUGGUCAAAAGGAAAAGUUCGUGAUAAGCUGAACAACCAGGUGCUCUUUGACAAGGCAACAUAUGAGAAACUGUUGAAAGAAGUACCUGCUUACAAACUUAUCACACCUUCUGUUGUUAGUGAAAGGUUAAAAGUACGAGGAUCUUUGGCUAGGCGCGCUUUGGAUGAACUGCUUCAAAAAGGUCUGAUAAAGCAGGUUAUAAAGCACCAUGCCCAGGUCAUCUACACAAGGACAACCAAAGGAGAUGACCCUCCAGCAUAAACCUGAUACAUUUAAGUGUACAUUAAAGUGAUAAUAAAAACUCAUAUAAUUUGUUUA